AUGCCCCCACAGUCCCGGCUGGUCUUGGUUUCUGGUCAGCGAUCGUUCCACACAAGUCCUAGAUGGCGGGAAUUUGGAGAAGCGUAUCCCAAUACACCUUCAGCCCUUGAUGUAGCGGCAACCCCUCCAGAAGAACUCCCACAAGGGGUUCCGCAUACCAGGCCUCUGUUCAACUUGCCUAGUGCUAGGCAAUCCUCUCUCAGAUUAUCUCGUCGGGACUUAGAACGUCUUGAGAAACACCUCGAAGAUAGGGACCUACCUGGAGGAUAUGCUACGUGGCUAGAGAUUUCGGGCCCGAGGCACGGAAAUAUUGAACCGACUUCAGAGCAGGUUACGGAUGAGGCCAUAAAGCCGGUUGUUGAAUUGCUUUUGGAAGGAUUGAUUGAGGAGGGACCGCAGCACCGCGAGCUACCGCCAGCUGCGGAAUUUCUCGAGACCCUGAGGUCUAUGGCUCUGGCCAACGACAGUCAGUAUCGGCUACUACUAACUAGUAUGCUGCAACAAGGCAAAAGUCCGGAGUUGGUUGCGCCUGUGCUUGAUAGUGCUAUCCAGUACUACAAGGAAGACCACUUCAAAGCCGGUGCUCGUCGGCAAACAGUUGAGGGGGGGGAGGAGACGAGUGAUAUAGACCGAGAUAUGCUGUGGUCUUCUCUCCGAUCGGGCUUUUGGCUUUCCCACAGCCCUUCUGCUAUCGCUUCGACCAUAUAUCUCACCUUUCUUCAUACAAUGGAGGUUGCCACCCAACAUCACAGGGAUUUGGAGAGAACCUUGUUCGUUUUUCCUCAACUUCCCAAUGCCACGUUUCUUGGGAAAUAUAUGGCACAUCACUAUUUUGAGGAGGAGAUGCAAAUCAGGCUUGUGAAACUAGCGGAGAAAUUUGGGUUCAAAAAGUUAAUCACGGUACCCGGGCUUCUCCAGAGAGAGACCGAUCAAUACAAGGACGGAGCACGGUUAAAGGACUAUUACGACUCUCUCAGAACCCAAGCUGAAAGUUUCGGAAUCCCGCUCUUAGAGGAGAACUUUAUGGUUUUUGUUAUGGCUUUCAUGAGCCUUGCAGAAAGAGAAGUCGCAAUCGAGAUCUGGAACGACAUGGCGAGAAGCGGGAUUUUACCUAGGCCACGUUCGUGGAACAUGCUACUGGUCGAGGCUGGGAGGCUCCAAGACAGAGAUCGAUCCUGUCUUCAGGCUGUUUGGAAAACCAUCAUUACUAGUGGUGUUGUCCCCGAUGUCAUCUUAUGGACAACGCGUAUUCACGCGUUGUUCAUGGCCGACCGCGCAAAAGAAGGAAUGAAGGUUUUGAAGGACAUGCAAAACUCUGGGCUCAAGCCAACCACCGCUACCAUCAACGCCGUACUCGACGGGCUACUGAAACAUCAGCACAUGGACGAGGCCAAGGAAACGCUCCAGGUCGCCACUAGAAUGGGAAUCAAGUCGGAUUUGACGACUUAUAAUACGAUGUUACGGGCACUGCUUCGAUCGAAGAAGUUUAAUGAGGCAAUUUCGUUGCUACAGGAAAUGCAAGCUGCUGGUAUAAAUGCCGACAUAGUCACCGCGACAACGGUGUUGGAUGGGAUGUACAAAAACUCUCCCACCAAACCGGAUUUGGCCAAAGUUAAGAGUCUCCUGGAGUACAUGGAGGCCGUAGGAGUGCCGGCUAACGAAGUGACUUUUACAACUAUCAUUGAGGGGUUACUGGAGACUCGUAACGAGCAGGCGGCGCAGGACAUUUGGGAGAUAAUGGAAUCGAAGGGAUUGAAGCCCACAUCUGCGACCUACACCAUCGUCAUCAGAUAUGCAUUUUGGAAAGGCGAUCUUCUAGGGGUCGAGAAGCUAUUGCAACAAGUCGAAGCCAAUCACGUUCCCAAGGAUCAGAAGCUUUGGACCCGUCUCGCCGUUGGAUACGCUCAGAUGGGAGAGGUGGAACGACUAAGGUCGGUGAUGGCAGCUAUGGAGGAGGAAAAAAAGACUUUACCGUUGUCAGUCUAUACGUCGAUUGUGAGGGCGCUGGGAAGAGAGAACCUGUAUGACGAUGUUAAGGAGGUCGUCAAGGAUGCAUUAGAGAAGGAUAUGAUAUCCAGUGACGGUAGUGUGAGGGCACCUGCCGAGAGGAUGUUCUGGCAGACUCUGGAGGAGAUGGCUGAAGGUACCGUUUUGAUGGAUCUGAAAGCCCAAGGGUUGGUCACUGUAUAACUUUUCUUCUUUCUCUUCUGAGCUCCCAAGGGAGAUGGUGUGUCGUAUACCAAUAGAUUGUAGAUAUUUUGUUGGCGUUUGUAAUCUACCAUAACCUCAUGGG